AAGGACUCUGGUUCGACAUAUCCGGGUCUAUCAUCCAUGCUGAAGAACAUAGGAAAAUGGGCUAUGCUAUCCUCACCUUCGAAGCUACCCAUCCCCCCUAAGGCUCGAAACUCUUCAAAAACUGAUCAUGUGGCCACUGUCCCCACCGUUAAAGCUUUUAAAGUGAUCAGCAAUCAAAGAGCUUUGCAAACUUGUUGUAGUGCAAGGAGAAGAGCAGCGAGAUAUGAUGACGAAGACGAUGAUGAAAUUGGUGAAGAAGAACAUGGCUACAAUGAAGAGAUUGCAAUACUUGAGUUGUACAGUCAGUCUGUUAGAGGGGAAGCUUUUCUUGUUCAUGCCCUCGUGGAUGAACAAGAAGUAGAAGUCCUUAUCUUCAAGGGGUUCUCCUCAUGUUUGAGCUAUGGGACUUCACCAGAUCCAUCAAGGAGUGUAAUUCCAGCCAGAGCAGUGAUAAAGUGCAUAGACAGAAUCAAAGGUCCUUUUGAUCCUUCCAGCAUAGAGUACAUUGAGAAAGGUCUUGAAUGGGAAUCCUUUAAGACCCGCCUAGCCCCUACUAAGCAGAAAAAUGAGGGAUCUUGAUCCUGUUCAGCAUUUUGGAGACAUUGUUCUCACUAUUUUGACAGCAAUUUCCAAGGCAUUUCUGCCACAUGUAAAAUCAGUUUCAUCCGCAUGAAACGGAGAGUCAUGCUCUUCAUUUUCUUCACUUUGCUUCAACCUAAGCAAUUUGUUCUCUAUAACUUGAUUAAA